UUUGCUUGUUGCUUCACACCACCUCAAGCAUGUUAUAUUGUUGACUUAGGGGUAAAAUGAAUUGUCAUCUCCCAGGGUGUCCGGAUAAAAGUACAAACAAGACUGAAUGAGUUUAAACUUAAGUAACAUAUUCGAAAGUCACUUUCAUUCUUUUGUUUUUGGAGUAUUUGAAAGCAGCAGUCAUACCGCUUUCAUUUCAGCCACGCCAACAUCUCUUUAACGCACUGUAUCACCUCUGCGUGACAAGACUUUGUCACAUGGCGGGCCUUUGGAGAUCUUAUCAGACACUGAUGGUCAAACAUCCAUGGACAGUGCAGAUAAUAACCGCUGGCUCUCUGGUGGGUGUUGGUGAUGUCAUCUCCCAGCAGCUGAUUGAGCGCCGUGGACUGGCCAAUCACAGCGUGAGACGCACUGCCAAGAUGAUGAGCAUUGGCUUCUUCUUUGUCGGUCCAGUGGUUGGUGGAUGGUACAAGGUGCUGGACAAACUUGUUACUGGUGGUACUGGUGGUGCUGCUCUGAAGAAAAUGCUUGUUGAUCAGGUGGGCUUUGCUCCGUGUUUCUUGGGUGCUUUUCUGGGAAUAUCUGGAGCGCUCAAUGGACUGACUGUGGAACAGAAUGUGACCAAACUCAAAAGGGACUACAUGGAUGCCUUGAUCUCCAAUUACUAUCUUUGGCCUCCAGUGCAGAUCGCCAAUUUUUAUUUCAUCCCUCUCCACCACAGAUUGGCUGUUGUUCAGAUCGUGGCUGUUGCCUGGAACUCUUACCUCUCCUGGAAAGCCAAUAAGAUGUAAUGAGAUGUUCCAGAUUGACCACUACCUAAAUGUAGUAACAGACUCACACAUAGGCGCACAAAGCUUACAGAUGAAGUUUGCACAACAAAGGUCAAAGCUGACGAUAACAUAAUCAGACCUCUGACAUUUUAUUAUCCUUUGCAAUAAAUUAUAUUGUAAUAUUUGUGAUUAUAGAUUCUGUAAAGAAUUCUAUACAUUUGAUUUAAAUGCAUUUAUUUACCAGUGUUUAGAUGGUGAAUUAUGGUGUGUUGCUCACUAAAAACAGCAGGCGUGUUUGUUACAGGAUGUGGCUGCAUUUUGAGUCAUUUUUGGUGUAUUCUGUGGACACUAAUUAAGUUCAGGUACAUGUGACUAACAGAACUGAAGUUAUGGGUGUUACAUCUACUAGGCAUUGCAUUGAUUAACACAAUACAGUAAUGUGUAUAAAAUACAUCUUUCACAGUUGUCAGACCAUGCAUUCCUUGUAUUUUUAAUGCAUUUUACAAGUACUAAAACGUCAUGAAAAAUUCAAAGGAUAUAAUUUUUUAAAUAAUGCAUCACAUUAAAACAACCCAGAAGACAUCAACACUGUAAAUUAAAAGCCAAAGAAUACAAAUGUUUACAACCAAGCUUUUAAACUAGAUUUAUUAGUGGUGACUAAUUUCAAGUGGUAAGCCUUUCCAUAAUCUUAGCCCUAUGUUCAUCAUAAAAACACCAGUCAUACCUGAAUUUCUUGGAAGUAUUUUAUCUAUUCACAGGUUCAAUCUGCUGUUCAAGUUAUCCAGUCCAGUUAUCUGUCACUGGAUAACUGGUGGUGUAUCUGCUAACUGUCAUCCCCCAACCCGCCCACCCACCCCACAAAAUAAAUUUUUUCUAUAUAUAUAAAAUCAUUUCUUCACACUGAGCAGGAAGUUAAAGCCAUGUUUAGGAUUUUCCUUCGAGAGCGUGUCAGGCUUAUGUAAAUAUCGCAGCAUGUCCAGCUAAUGCUUCGUCACUCUGGGGAAUUGACGGCUAGCCAGAAACAAUAGUCAGCAGUGACUAAACCUCUGCAUCUGGCUGUUGAAUGCAUUUUGCUCAGCCACUCUUGAAAACAUGUUACAAUUUACAGUUAGAAAGCAUUUUAAUUCAUGACUCCAUGACAUGGUGUAUUAUUUUACUAAUAUUAAUGUCAGUAUUACAACUUGAAGUUCUCAAAUGUACUUCCAGUACUGUGAAUUUAGCUCAUAAACAUUCAUUCUAGGCUGAUUAUUUUAAAAUAACUUGUGUGUGUACUACCUAAUAACAAACCACAGCCAAGUGUAAGAUAUGAAACUGAAAUCAAUUAAUAAAAUUAUAUGU